AUGAUGCCAGACUACGAAGAUGAUCGGUCCUCCUGUACCUCCUCUACAACACCCAAAACUUUCGAGGAGCCUACAGAAGAUGAAGACGAAGAGGAGGAUGACGAUCACAAAGGCGUCAGUGACGACGAAAUUGGUGUGCGAGCUCUACUUCCAACUUCAGCUCGCCUCAAAUGUCCACCUGCUGAUGCGACAGCGCUUUUGUGCGAUGAAAAUGGAGAUGAGGAUAGCGACAAUUCCUUUGCUUCUUCCUCAUCUGCCUCUUCUAGUUCUCAGGAGUCUUCCCCUUCCCCAUCUUCACGAUCUCCCUCCUCAGCGUCAUCGCCAGUGCGAUCACCACGAGUUGGAAGCGUCUCUUCGGCAUCACCAAGGGUCAAGGCUCUUGAGCCGGCAGAAGUUCUGAGUAAAUUCACCCACCAGAGUAUUGAGGAUAUCCUCUCCCUUUCUCCCAGUCGUCGACGUCGACUAUUGGCUAGAUUGGUCCGUACGGCAAAGUCGACAAACUACACCCUACUGCGAUUGAACAACGAAUUGGCGGGCGAGUUACAGGAACUCUGCGACCAGCACACAAGUCUGAACGCGCAGGUUCGACAUCUCUCGGAGCUGAGAACGUGA